AGGUCUACAGCCGGGCGGGUGACAGCUGAGGAGAGCCUCAGGCCUGGCCAGGGUCCUACAGUGCCUUGGGUUAGAGUGAGAGCCCCGCCCUGCAGGCCCGGGGCGGCCCAGGGGCGGGGCCAAGGUCGAGGCUCCGCCCCCAAAGCGUGUCCCGCUUGGAGUGGGAGGGAGUCCUUAAGAAGACGUGAGUGACUCUGGAGGAGGGAGAGGGAGUCUCAGAUCUCCGGGACAAGUCAGUGCCGAGAACCUGAAGAUCUUUCUCCCUCCUGCUCUGCUCCCCCUCCAGUUGGAACAUCCAGGUUAGAGGCUCUUCCCAGGUGAGUGCCUACCCCUCACAUGGAGUGCUCUUCUCUCAGACCAGAAUUCCUCUGACAGGGUAAAGCCUUCUCAACGUACUAAAGUCCCUGCCCUUCCAGAACACUGCCUCCCCCGCCAGGAGAUCUGCUCCCAGGGAAGGCUUUUUCCCCCUCCACCCUCCAGCUGAGCGCUUUCCCCACAUCUUCUCAGAAAAGAGCCCUUACCCCUUCUGCGAAACUCCUUUUUCCAGGUGAGGUCUUUUUCCCCCUGUAGAGGGGAGCCACUGGGCCAUGAGGUUACUCCCAGGUCAGAGAUUUUCCUUAUCCAUACCUUUUGAGAUGAUGAAGCCUUUCCUGGAAGGUCAGAAUUCUCUCUAGGUGAAACUGGUCCUAAAAUCUCUUUUUUCCAGGUGAGAUUUUUCUGUACUUCAGGUGGUAGCUUCCCACUCCAGUAAUGACCCCCUUUCUCCUCAGAGAUGCCCUAAGUGAGAGCCAUCCCUUGGCUUUCCCAGACUAGGCCUCAGCUUGUCUGCAACCUGUACUCUGAUGCUGGACGCCUAGGGCAAACUGUCCUUCUCUUAGAGACAGAGGGUCUCAUCUGCACACCUGAGGCUUUGAGAAAGUUGCUUGAAGACCUGGACCUCUGCUUUGUUGGAUCCCUUCCCUGAGUGUGCUCUCAGCUGGCCAGGCUGGGUUCACAGGGCAACUGGAUAAGGAUGCAGGGACCGGUUCCAAGAGGGCAAGGGACUAGGAGGAGGGGGCUAGGAGCAGCAGUGAGCCUGGACCGAGACCUGGACCUGGACCGGUACUCGGGGCUAGACGGCCACACCUAGGCUGAAUGUGUGGAGUUGUGUUCAUCCUGUUCUCCCUUCAUGAGGGACUUUGGCCUAGAAAGAGGCCUCUACUAGCCAAAGUUCAGACUGAGGGACACUCAGGCACUGCUGUCUACAGUACCAACCAUGGAGCUUCAGAAACGCGACUAUCAUGUAGAACGGCCACUGCUGAACCAGGAGAAGCUGGAGCACUUGGGGCACUGGGGCCCAGCACCUAGAACCCAUCAAUGGCGAACCUGGUUUCAGUGCUCCCGUUCUCGGGCCCGUGGCUUCCUUCUCAAAUACCUCCCAGUCUUGGGCUGGUUACCCCACUAUCGUGUGCGUGAAUGGCUCCUGGGUGACUUGUUGUCUGGCCUGAGUGUGGCCAUCAUGCAGCUUCCACAGGGCUUGGCCUAUGCCCUCCUGGCUGGAUUGCCCCCUGUGUUUGGCCUCUACAGCUCCUUCUACCCUGUCUUUGUGUACUUCCUGUUUGGUACUUCCCGACACAUCUCUGUGGGGACCUUUGCUAUUAUGUCUGUGAUGGUGGGCAGUGUGACAGAAUCCAUCACCCAGGAUGAGGACUUCCAGCAGGGCACAAACUCCACUCUUGUUGCCCGUGUGCAGCUGGCCUCCACACUCAGUGUCCUGGUGGGCCUCUUCCAGGUGGCCCUGGGCCUGGUGCACUUCGGCUUCGUGGUCAACUACCUGUCUGAGCCACUGGUACGCAGCUACACCACAGCUGCAUCUGUGCAGGUCUUCGUCUCACAGCUCAAGUAUGUGUUCGGCCUCCAGUUGAACAGCCGCUCAGGGCCCCUGUCCCUUAUCUAUACUUUUCUGGAGAUCUGCUGGAAGCUGCCCAAGAGUGUGGUUGGCACCGUGGUCACUGCAGUUGUGGCAGGAGUGGCACUCGUGAUGGUGAAGAUACUGAAUGACAAGCUGCAUCGGUGUCUCCCUCUGCCAGUACCUGGGGAGCUGCUCACGCUCAUUGCAGCCACAGGCAUCUCCUAUGGCGUGGACCUGAAAAACAGAUUUAAGGUGGACACCGUGGGCACCAUCCCCACAGGGCUGAUCUCCCCUGUGGCACCCAACCCCCAACUAUUUGCAAAGCUGGUGGGAAAUGCCUUUGCCAUCGCUGUGGUCGGGUUCGCCAUUGCCAUCUCACUGGGGAAGAUCUUCGCCCUGAGACACGGCUACCGGGUGGACAGCAACCAGGAGCUGGUGGCCCUGGGCCUCAGUAACUUCAUCGGAGGCUUCUUCCAGUGCUUCCCUGUGAGCUGCUCCAUGUCCCGGAGCCUGGUACAGGAGACCACUGGGGGCAACACACAGGUUGCUGGAGCAGUCUCUUCCCUCUUCAUCCUCCUCAUCAUCCUUAAACUUGGGGACCUCUUCCAAGACCUGCCCAAGGCAGUGCUGGCAGCCAUCAUCAUUGUGAACCUGAAGGGCAUGUUGAAACAGUUCACUGACUUACGCACCCUCUGGAAGGCAAAUCGAGUAGACCUGCUUAUCUGGGUGGUGACUUUUGUGGCCACCAUCCUGUUGAACCUGGACCUUGGCCUGGCAGUUGCGAUAGGCUUCUCCCUGCUGCUUGUGGUAGUCCGAACGCAGAUGCCCCGCUACUCUGUCCUGGGGCAGGUGCCAGACACAGACAUUUACAGAGAUGUGGCAGAGUACUCAGAGGCCAAGGAGAUCCCUGGUGUGAAAGUCUUCCGGUCCUCAGCCACCUUAUACUUUGCCAACGCUGAGCUCUACAGUGAUGCACUGAAGCGGAAGUGUGGGGUGGAUGUUGACCGUCUCCUGGCCCAGAAGAAGAAGCGGCUGAGAAAGCAGGAACGGAAGUUGAAGCAACAGCAGAGAGACAAACAGGCUGCCCCUUCCAGUGGCACCUCGGUGUCUAUCAAUGUGGACACCAGCCUUGGAGACAUCAAGGGCAGUGGUGUGGAGGACUCUGGGAUCAAGAUGAGUCCAGCAAAUGAACUGGAGCAUGUGGCAGUCAGCAGGCAAGAAGAUGCCAAGGCCCCAGAUGUAUCCACACUGAAGGCCCUGGGCCUGCCCCGGCCAGACUUCCACAGUCUCAUCUUGGACCUGGGAGCCCUCUCCUUUGUGGACACUGUGUGCAUCAAGAGCCUGAAGAAUAUUUUCUGUGACUUUCGUGAGAUAGAGGUGGAGGUGUACAUCGCUGCCUGCCACAGCCCUGUGGUCACGCAGCUUGAGGCUGGGUGCUUCUUUGAUGCCUCCAUCACUAAGCAGCAUCUCUUUGUCUCUGUCCAUGACGCUGUGACCUUUGCCCUCCAACACUCAAGAUCUGGUCCCAACACCCCUGUUUUGGCCACAAAACUCUGAUUGUGCUGCCAGCUGCCCAACACUGCCCACCUCUGGAGGUUGUAAUGGAGCAUCCUCGAGAAGUCCCCAGCCCUGGGCUACCUCCAGGUGCCACCCAGGAGUCCCCUCCAUGCACACACACAUGUAACUCAGGGAUAGAGGUCCUGGGACUCCAAGUUCAGUGUUAGCGGCCCCGGGCAAGGUGCUACAGUCAGGCUGGCCUUGGCUGGGUACAGGGAGGAGCCAGUGUAUUUUAAGGCUCAGAAAUAAAGAUAUGUCUGCUCAUUCCAGGCUCUGUUGU